UGUGUUCACUGGAGUGUGUGUGUGUAGUGCUGCAGUAACGAGUGGAGAGGGGGAAUGACUGCAGUUUCUCGGGCUGAUGGAAGAGCACGAGCAGGAGACAUCCGCACGCCGCUGAAACGUUAACCCCUAAGUGCCUCGCUGGUGUAUGGCCCAGACGCUUAUUGAGGAUUAGGACCGAGGAGAUCACUGCAGUCAGGGUUUCUGUUUGUGUAGCCAUCAAGCAUGAAGUGGAAUUUGCUCAAGAAGAAACCUGCAGCCAUGGUGGGCCCCGAGCCCACCGGUGCCAGCGUCCUGACGAUGGCCCCUGUUGUUUCUACACCUGCAGACAACUCCACCGAGCAGCAGGGCCCAGUCAGCAAGAAUGAUGUCUUUGGUGACAUCAAAAACAAGUUUCUCAAUGAAAUGGACAAGCUUCCACUGCCUCCCUGGGCCAUCAUCGCCAUCGCGAUCGUAGCUGUGAUCCUCAUUCUCACAUGCUGUUUCUGCAUUGUUAAAAAGACCUGCCUUAAGAAGAAAAAAGAAAAGGGAAAGAAAGGAAAGGGAGACGUGGGAAUGAAGAACAUGAAGGGAGGAGAGAAACAGGAAGAGGAUGAUGAUGAAGAAGAUAUAGACAUGGGAAUAACUGAAGAAAAAGAGGAGGAACCUAAAGAGAAGGAGAAGCUCGGCAAACUACAGUUCUCCCUAGACUAUGACUUCUCUGAUGCCAAGCUGACAGUGGGCAUCCUGCAAGCUGCAGAUCUUCUCUCCAUGGACAGUGGUGGCACCUCAGACCCGUACGUCAAAGUUUUCAUUCUCCCAGACAAGAAGAAGAAGUAUGACACCAAGGUGCACAAGAAAACCCUUAACCCUGUCUUCAAUGAGACUUUCCACUUUAAGAUUCCGUUCAAUGAAAUGGGAGGAAAGACUCUGGUCAUGUCUGUGUAUGACUUCGACCGUUUCUCGAAGCACGAUGUAAUCGGUGAGGUGAAGAUUCCCAUGAACACCCUGGACCUGGCACAACCCAUCGAGCAGUGGAGAGACCUGGACAGCGCAGAGAAAGAAGAGCCUGAAAAGCUGGGAGAUAUCUGCAUCUCUCUGCGCUAUGUACCUACAGCUGGAAAACUCACCAUCUGUAUCCUUGAGGCAAAGAACUUGAAAAAGAUGGAUGUUGGUGGACUCUCAGAUCCCUACGUGAAGAUUCAUCUUUUGCAAAACGGGAAGCGACUGAAGAAGAAGAAGACGACAGUGAAGAAGAACACACUGAACCCGUACUACAAUGAGUCCUUCAGCUUUGAGAUCCCACAGGACCAGAUGCAGAAAAUACAAGCUGUGAUCACGGUGCUCGACUACGAUAAGAUCGGUAAGAACGACGCCAUCGGGAAGAUCUGGGUGGGAAGCAAAGCGCAGGGCACUGAGCUUCGGCACUGGUCCGACAUGCUGGCAAACCCACGCAGGCCCAUCGCUCAGUGGCAUCCUCUCAAACCUGAGGAGGAGGUGGAUGCCACGUUAGCAGCCCUCACUGCCAAGAAGUAAUUCUGUUCUUCUUCCUUCCCUCUCUCCUUUACCUCCUCCCUUCCUUCCUUCCACUUUUCAACAUGCACUACAUGUCAUCUUACCCAGUCAGCACUGAAUUACAACCAUGGCCCACCAGCCUAAAGGUAUUAAAGAAGACGAUUCGGCCUCAUCAUCAGCUAAAACGAGAUAUUGGAUCAGGGUGUAAUGAGCAAGACUGUUUCUACUUUCUACAGAUGUUUUUGAGGACAGGCCGAGCUCAUAGGUCCGUAUAUCCUUGAGGUUUAUUCACAGAAGUGAUGUAAGCUCACAUUCACACCCAUAUAUCCAACAGAUCAACAGCAUUCCAAAGUUUUCCAUCGGGGACCAGGGAUAGAAAACACUGCCUCUUCCACUGCCUAAUUUAACACAUUCCUUCUAGAUUCUCUGGUCAUCUAGAUGAAAUCAGUUCUGUUACAUUUGUUGAGUCUGAAAGGACAGUUGAAGAAUGGUUUAUCAUUAUGAAUAAGUAUAAAAAAAUAAAAUAAAAAAAAACUAGAGGAAAUGGGAACUGGGGAGAUAAUUGGACUAGAUGCUCCUGACCCAACCAGAAGGUAUCUUUCAGGUGUCGAUUACACUGCCUGCAAAACAACCUCUUCUUCCAUUCUUCGGUUCCAGCUGUCAGCUGGCUUCUUCCACUGCCCAACAUCCUACCAAACCCUGACAAAAAGGAGACAAGCCUUGAAACAUCACGAAAUAAGCAAUUCUUAGCUGCCAGGGACGUCUUCCUGUUAGCAUUGGUAUAUUUGUUUCUUUGUGUUGAUUUCUUGUAAAUGUCUUCUGCCUCAGCACUUUAAAUGAAGGUGUGUUUUUGUUCCAGUCAAUGCUUCGUUCUAGUCAAACUGCUUUUAUUUUUUCCUGCAUUCUGGAGUUUUUGUGUGUUUUUGAUGUUCUGAACCCGCUCAUUUCAGGAAUAGUUCACAAAAAAUGCAAAUUAAUUCAUCAUCGUCUUUCUUACGGCAGUGGAACACUAAAGGAGAUGUUUUAAAGCAUGUUCACGCUGCUCUCUUCAUACAAUGGAAGUCAAUGGGGACCAUCCAGCUUAAAAAAAUAUGACUCAUCCAUUCAAAUACCAAGUCUUCUGAAGUCAUUCGCUGCAUCUGAAAUCAAAUACUUCUCUACUGUAUAGUACGUGAAAAACAGUAUGCAAACAGAGUAGCAUGUCCGAAUUCAUAAUAUUCGAAAAAAAAACAGUAGGCGAAAAGUACCCGGAUGACUUACUACUUCUGGUGAGAUUCUGAAGUGUGCAUACGAUGGACACUUUACUAUCCCAUGAGUAUACAGAUGAAGGGACGUAACUGACACUGGUAGAUCAUGUGACAGUAACAACAAGGCUGUUGUAGUACGUCCGGAUUUUACUCAUACUAAAAGCAUAUAGAACAUACUUUUUCUACGGUCGUGAAGGAAAUUUGAAUUCAAAUGUAGUACCUACUCAACAUUACGCGAUUUCGAACACAGCUAUAGAAGAAAGGUUCUAGAACCUCAAAGGUCAGGUGAUUCAUUUAUAGAAGCUGUUAGGGGUUCCCAUCAUGUGAUCGAUUUAUGGAUUUAACUUCAUUAAUUUUGUUUUAAUUCACUUUUAAUAUUAAUUAAAUUUGUAAACAUACUUUAUCAGUAGAAAAUAUUGAAAUAACCCAUUAAGCAAGAAAGGAUCAUGCACUUACUUAAGACAUUUCUCAUUUUAUAUAAUCUUUUUGGCAUAUAGGGUUCUUCAAAACAUAGUCAAGAACCCUAGGGUUGUCACAUGUAGAUGAACAUGCACAAAUCAAAGAUUAAUAGAGAGUCUUUUAAUAAGCAAUGGACACACAGGAGUAUCAGAAUCACAACUACACAUUAACAGGGCUUAAAUACACAGAGGAAUCAAAGAUAAAAUGGAACAGGUGUGGGUACUAAUUAACAAAUAAGGAAACUAACUAGGGAACUGAGGAAAAAGGGAACAGAGCAGACAGAGUGAAAAUGAAAUUAAAACAGGACAUAACAGAGCAUAACCGUUACAAGGUUUCUGUACAGAACCCCAGUGAAUCCAGUAAAUCUCACAUACUGAUAUUCAAGUCGUUAUUCAAAAAAUUCUAUAAAAAUCUUGCUUGGCACAUUUGGUCGCCAUUCACUUUCAUUUUGUGGAAAAGAGCAGCUUGAACAUUCUUCAAAAUUUCUCUCUUUGUCUUCUACGGAAGAAAGUAAGUCAUAAAGUGAGUGAACUAUUCCUUUUCAGAACUUCCAUCACUUUUUGUUUUCAUGUUAUUCUCAAAUGUUUAAACCAGAAGUUCGUAUGGUUUCACGAGAAGAGUUGAUAGAGGGUACUGUUAUGUGUGUAUUUACUGCACAUCUUACCAAACCGCUGAACUUAUUUGCACUACUGGAAUUGCAUUCUGUACAUGUUGCUCUAUCAAUCUCAAUAUGUGCUUAUGUGAUGGCGCAUUCUUGAUUCGAGCUGUCAGAGUUUGCAUUUGUUUAAAAAGCGAAAUUGUAUCAACUGAAAGCUGCUUUAGGGCUUACAGUAUGAGUCAUUGUGUGAGGAUGUGAAUCUCAGAAUAUCAUUUGCUUAAGACCGACACAGAAGUAAAUCUUUGUGUAUUUUAUCCUCAUAUUGCCUGGAGAAACUCUUUUGGCAAUGAUGAUACCUUGUGAUAUUGGUUCAGUUGUUAAGUAUUAUGGAAAUUAAGCAAAUUCGCAAACCUGAUUUGGAUCAAGACGUUUUUUUGGAGCAUGAUUUAUUGAGUAUAGACUUAAUCAGGCCAAAAGCUACACGUAAAGACCCACAAGUGGAUUUGAGUGAGACUUUGUUGUGUACAUGCUGUGACCCAUUAAAAACGCGCUCUCAUAAGGAAACGUCACUUUACCGGCUUUUAUCCUGCACCAGGCAACAUAGAAACAUCACUUUACUGCCACAAUCAGAUUGGAUGAGUGUAGUAAUUUUUAUCCAAUUACAUUUAGGGUUAAAAUGAAGUCUGUGAUCAUGAAAUUCAAAAGCCCUAUGAUUUUGUCUUCCUGUGAGAACACAAAGGAUUUUAUUGCAGAAUGUCAGAGACUUUUUUUAAAUAAUGAAAGAGGACAGAUUUGUCAGAAAAAAUGAUAAAAGCACAAAAGAACUCAAUUCUGCUCAUGUUCUAUAUUCCAAGAAAUCUCGUAAUAGUUAUGUGCGAGGAAGAGAAAUGUUCACAGUUAUCCAAAAAGUGAAAAUUCUGUCAUCAUUUACUCACCCUCAUGUCUUUCCAAACCUAAAACAUAAAAGAAGAUAUUUUAAGGACAGUUUUUGUCCAUUCAAUGAAAGUCAGUGGGGUCCAAAAUAAGAUCGGACACCAUUGACUUUCAUUGUAUGGACAUUUUUCAAAGUAUCUUCUAUUCUGUUCCACAAAAGAAAGUCAUACAAGUAAAUGAUUACAAAAUUUGCAUUUUGGAUGAGCAUUCCCCUUUAAGUCUUUAAAGGGUUAGUUCACCCAAAAAUUCUUUAAUUAAUUACUCACCCUCAUGUCGUCCCACACCCUUAAGACCUUCAUUCAUCUUUGGAACACAAAUUAAGAUAUU